CGGUGACGUGCGAUCGUGCGAGUAAAGUGCACACUGGGCAACGAUAAGGGAUGGAACAUGCCAGAAAAUGAGAAUGCCUUCCUCUGCAGUAGCGUAUGGUUGCCGCUACCGUGCGCCUAUUAAGCGUCUGAUAAGCUUCAACGCGCCCCUAGACCGUCGCCCCCACUGCCUCCUCCGCCGCCCCACUCCACUUCUCCCCUACGUCUCGGCCUCCCUAUCUUGCUCUAAGAUCCCUAACCCUAAUAUCUUCACGGGGAACUGUCUCUUCUCCGGCAUGGAGCGCUUCUGGACUGCAAGUAGUAUCAAUAAGAACAAAACAAUGGUGGAGCAUUUGCAGAAUUAUGGUGUGAUUACAUCAAGGAAGGUAGCUGAAAUAAUGGAGACUGUUGAUAGAGCUUUAUUCGUUCCAGGUGGAAGCCAACCUUAUGUGGACAGUCCAGUACCAAUAGGAUACAAUGCCACUAUUUCUGCACCUCAUAUGCAUGCCACAUGCCUUCAACUGCUGGAGGAGAAUUUGCAGCCCGGCAUGCAUGCCUUAGAUGUUGGUUCAGGAACGGGCUAUUUGACUGCAUGCUUUGCAUUGAUGGUUGGACCACAAGGUCGUGCAGUUGGUGUAGAACAUAUUCCUGAGUUGGUGGCUUCCUCGAUUCAGAAUAUUCAGAAAUGUGCAGCUGCUCCACUGUUGGAAAAGGGUUUCCUCUCUUUACACGUUGGUGAUGGUAGGCUUGGUUGGCCAGAGUUUGCACCUUACGAUGCCAUACACGUAGGGGCAGCUGCCCCAGAAAUCCCCAAGGCACUUAUUGAGCAGUUGAAGCCUGGAGGCAGGAUGGUGAUCCCGGUUGGGAACAUUUUCCAGGAUUUGAAGGUUGUGGACAAGAAUGCAGACGGUUCUGUUACUGUGCGGGAUGAGACCUCCGUCCGAUAUGUCCCUCUGACGAAUCGAGAUGCGCAGCUGCGGGGCUACUGAACCAGGAAUGCUCCUUAUGCCUGCAUAUCCUGGUAAUCUGUUGCUGCGAGGGAUUGGCUGCUUUGAACUUAAGGAGCAUGCAGACCCUAGAAAUCUGUUGCUGCAGUAGGUGUUGGCUGCUUUGAGUUUUCGCUGAUUUCCUUGUUUUAGGAGUGUUACUUUGUAUAUUUAAUGUCCUGGGUCAAGGUUGUGUUAAGUUUGUCUCUGAACAGAUCCACACCAGCCUGUAAAUCGUUCAUGCUUUUAGUGAAGAAGAUGGCCGUUUGAGCUUGAAAUUUUGUGGGUUGUAACAAUAUACUGUGUUCCUGAGAUUAUUGGGGCCACUGCUCAUCCAUAACAGGAACUCUACAUAAACCAGAAGUUGAAUAAUUAAUUUCAUGUAUUGAUCAUGAUUCU